AUGGCUGCCGAUAUGAUGGAGAGCUUGUCAAUAUUCUUCUUGUUACCACUGAGAAAGGGUGUUUCAUUUUGGAUCGGUGGUGGUGGAGUCUCACUUGGAUCUGCUGGUGGAGUCACAAUUGCGGGUGAACUAGUCUUUGAUGGUGGCGGCGGAGUUUCAACUGGUGGUGGUUGUGGUGUUGCUGGCUCCGAAGUAGGAGUCUUCGACAGGGGAGAACGAGUUUUUGAUGGCGGCGGUGGAGUUUCAACUGGUGCCGGUCGUGGUGAAUUUGCUGGCUCCGAAGUAGGAGUCUUCGACGGGGGAGAACGAGUCUUUGAUGGGGGAGGUGGAGUUUCAAGUACUGGUGCUGGUGGGGGUGAGUUUGCUGUCUCCGAAGUAGGAGUCUUCGACGGGGGAGAACGAGUUUUUGAUGGCGGCGGUGGAGUUUCAACUGGUGCCGGUCGUGGUGAAUUUGCUGGCUCCGAAGUAGGAGUCUUCGACGGGGGAGAACGAGUCUUUGAUGGGGGAGGUGGAGUUUCAAGUACUGGUGCUGGUGGGGGUGAGUUUGCUGGCUCCGAAGUAGGAGUCUUCGAUUGGGAAGAACGCGGGGUCUUUGAUGACGGCGGUGGGGUUUCAACAUCUGGUGCCGGUGGUAGUGAAUUUGCUGGCUCCGAAGGAGCCUUCGACGGGGAGAAUGGGUCUUUGAUGGCGGUGCAGGAGUCUGAACUUUAG